AUGGGGCAAGAUUCUGGUGAGGACCGCCUGAAAGACAUGCUACAUACCCUCCGGCAGCUUGAGGGUAGUGACGUGCAGGUCAUUCAGGAUCAAAUGGACAUGACCUGUGGUAUUGUGAUGCAGACAAAGGUCCAGAAGAUGAUGUUUGAGCGCUGGGGUGAGACGUUGGCGAUGGACUUCACGCACAAUACAAACAACCUCGGGUAUCACUUGGGCAGUUUGGUCGUCACUACGGCUACGGGUAGAGGAUUCCCUGUAGUUGACUUUAUUUCUCUGGACGAACAAGCAACGACAAUAUCAACGAUUCUCGAAUACUUCAAGGAAAAGAACUCUAGAUGGCAAGACGUUAAAACAGUGGUCAUCGACAAGGACUUUACUGAGUGGCGGGUUCUACAAACGGCAUUCCCCAAGGCUACGAUUUUACUCUGCCAGUUCCACGCCAUCACAUAUUGGAAGAAGGUCAUGAAGCGAUCAGUGUAUCGGCUGAACGUUUCACAGCAAGAAGUACUUCUCAAGUUGAUGGUGAAGCUGUUGUACAGCUCAACAAAGACUGCCUAUGAAGCCAGGCAUCUCGUGCUAAAGCGGUACUGCUUGGAGAAUAAGCGGCAAGCGAUCUUUGCCUACUUUGAGAAGAACUGGGAUCCGUGUCGUGGCAUGUGGUCUAAUUUCGCUCGUGGAAAGCACUUUACGGCUGGCAACACGACCACAAAUCGUAUCGAGUCCAAUUGA